AUGGCUCAGGUGAAGCGUCGCUCCAAGAGAGGCCAGGUGGGCCUGGUGCAGGUGGGCGUGGAGACCUAUGGAGGUGGGAUUUGGAGCACCUGGUUCGACCGGGACCUGACUGUGGCCGGGCGGGUGAUCGUAAAGGACCUGGCUGCGGGGCGGCUGGAGCAGCGGCUGGUGUGGGUGGAGCGGCCCGUCUUGCGCAUCCCCCACCUGGCCAUCCACCUGCAGCGCAGCGUUAACGAGAGCUUUGGGCCCAACACGGAGCAGCACCUGGUGCCCAUCCUGGCCACUACCAUCCAGGAGGAGCUGGAGAAGGGGGCACCCAAGGCUGGGGCUCCCUGCGCUGCUGAUGCCCAGACGGAGCGGCACGCCCCCGCCCUGCUGUCCCUGCUCUGCUCCCAGCUGGGCGUGAAGCCGGAGCAGAUUGUGGAGAUGGAGCUGUGUCUGGCGGAUACGCAGCCAGCGACGUUAGGCGGCGCCUUUGACGAGUUCAUCUUCUCCCCCCGCCUGGACAAUCUGCACAGCUGCUACUGCGCCCUGCAGGCCCUGAUCGACUCCUGCGAGGCUCCCGGCUCCCUCUCCCAGGAGCCCAACGUCCGCCUGAUUGCGCUGUACGACAACGAGGAGGUGAGCGGAGGGGGCGGUGACGUGCCCCAGCUAGAACUGAGCUGA